CACCCGCAGCUCCCUCGCCGCGUGGACCCGGAAGCCGGGGCAGGUUUCCCACGAGGGGCUGGAGCCGGGGAAAGGCGAGCCGGCAGGAGAAGGCGGGGAUGCACAUGCGCAGAGGGACCCGAGCGGCGCGGCGGCGGGUAGCGGGAUCUGCUCCUGGCCGCGGGCGCUGGGGACGUGCCGCGCGCGGGGAGGGAUGCCUCGCUCCGGAGCCGUGGGACGCCAGCCCCUAGCAGGACCUCAGCGCGGAUUAGGGGCGGGAGGACAGGACGUUCAGCGCCUUCCUCAAGAUUCCCUUCCCCGGUGUGCUCCGUGCCCAUCCUGAGCAGAGGGCUGGGGAGUCCCUGCCAGCUUGGCUCCUGCUUCCUGGAGCCGGGAUUCUGUCCUUGCACCUAGGCGCGCGCCUCGCAUCAGCCGGCCCCUAGCAGGGGCUGUGCAGGAGUGUCCUGGAGUACGCGGUGUCUGCGAUCAGCAGGCCCGUUCCCGAGUGGCGGACGCCGCAAGCUAGCCAUUCGGUAUCACACAAGACGAAAAGCCAUUCUUCUGUAAGGGACCGUUGGUACACCAGACCUGAGGAAAGCACGCCCCCCCACCACCCCCGUACACGGCCUACACAGGCUUCCCCCAACAGUUGCCCGAUGUUGACAUGUUAGAGAACUGCGGUACUUUUGUCAACCAGUAAGCUCUACCUUCAGAGACCUCUAUAUUUUUCCAAGAGAGAUCAGCAAAAUAUGAAGAAAUCCUGUGGAUCCUUAUCAUUUGAGGAUGUGACUGUGGGCUUCACUCAGGAGGAGUGGCAGCACCUGGACCAUGCUCAGAGGACCCUGUACAGGGAUGAGAUGCUGGAGAACUAUAGCCAUCUCAUCUCAGUGGGGUGUUGCAUCCCUAAACCAGAAGUGAUCUUGAAGUUGGAAGAAGUAGACCAGCCAUGGAUAUUAGAGGAAGAAUCACCAAGUCAGAGCUACCCAGAAGUCCUGGAAAUGAGAAAGCUCAGCAAGGAAGAAAGAAGAACUGUGUGGGGAUAAGGUGGAAACAGAGAAUGUGGUAUCCUGUAGCCAAGUUAAGACAGUUUGCAGACAAAAUGAACUUCUUGAAGAAGAAUAUAUAAAGUCAGCAUUUCCUGUCUCUGCCUGCAAAUCAUCCAGAAGCAUUAAGGAAAAUGAGCAACACAAACUUCAUUAUAUGACACUAGUGGAUAUCUGAAAUCCCAAAUAA